CGCCUGCUCUGAUCUCUGGGGGCUUCACUUUGGGGCGCUGGCUCUGCAGCGGAUGCUGGGGGUGGCAGGGAAGGAUUUGGCCCCCCUGCUCAGGACCCUCCUUGCCCAGCUCCACUUCGUGGCCGAGUGUCACAUCCAGGACCCCCAGGGCUGUGUCCGCUUGGAGAGGGUGAAUGUGUCACAGCUACUGGAGACCCUGGCGCAGCACCUGGGGGGGCUGCAAGGGAGACCCCCCCACUUCCCUGGCUGUGCCCACUUGCGCUGCCGCCCAGGCCCGGCGCUGAGCAGCCCAGCCGUGCGGCACGAGGGGACCUUGGGGGCCAGGCAGGGCCCCCCCAGCCCCGCUGGACAUGGGCUGGUGCUGCUGGGGGGAGUUGGGGGGGCCCUGGGCCUGGUGGUGGCGGUCUGGGCACUGUGGAGGAGACCCUGUGCCCAGGUGGGGACACUGGGGGCAUUGGAGGGCACUGGGGACACUGGAGAGGGUGGCGAGGGCAUGGGGGGCGCUGGGUGUGCUGUGUGUGUUGGGGACACUGGGGACACGGUGGGUGCUGGCUGUCCUGGGGACGCUGGGAGCACUGGUGGCUGUCUUUGGGUCACUGGGAGCACUGGGGGGCGCUGGGAGGUCAUUCCCCUCAGCCCCCCCCAGCCCUCACAGGGACCCCCGAGACUGGAGCAAGAUGGGACCUGAGCAGCCGAGCGGUACCUGGGGACAGACACAGGCUGGCCUGAGCCACUGGUGAGAGACGGGGACCCCCCAGCUCCCUGCUGGAAGCCCCUGGGGGCUACACCGGGAUCUCCCAGAGCCACGGAGAGACGAGGGGGCCCAGCCUGGCCCCGUGCAGUGCCCAUAAAGCUGAUGUUGACACCCCG